AUGACGACGGUUAGCAGUCCUACUGCACCAUCUGCUGACAGCAGCACCCAGGACACAACAGCGGCGGUGUCGGACCAGGCGCACCGGGAGAUUGCCAUGGCUGGGAUGUGGGGCGAACCCCGUGCCUUGGGGGAAGGGCAUUGUGGGAUCCCCGUCCAGCAUCCCAAGAGGGAGGAGAGCGAGGCUGAGGAGCAGAGGCCUGUCUGGCCCUUGUCCCCGCGGAUGCCGUCCCAGUCCUGGCUGGGAUGCUCGGAGGGGGAAGAUUCUCCAUUGAGGACGGCACAGACACCUCCCCGGUCUCGAGAAGGGGCAGACACUGCUGGCCUUGAGCAGGCGGUGCCGUCCCAUGACUGGCCUCAUGGGGACGAGGUUCCUUCAUUCACCUGGGAGGCACCUGAGACCUGCGGCUCCAUGGGGACAGGCCCCACCAUGGGCUGUGCCGAGGGCAAGGCGGCCGUUUCAGGGCAGGCCAGCGAGGAAGACCAUCGGUUGCAGUUCCGCUCAGGCGCUGCCCGGCCUGGAGAAGCUCCCCGGGAGAUGCUAGCCCGGCUCAGCCGGGCUGCUCGGCUCUGGCUGCGGCCCGGGGAGCGCACCAAGGAGCAGAUUGUGGACGUCGUCGUGCGGGAGCGGUUCCUGGGGGCGCUGCGGGCGGACGUGCGGGCCUGGGUGACGGCGAGGGAGCCCCGCAGCAGCGAGGAGGCGGCUGCGCUGGCUGAAGCCUGCCUGGGGCAAGGGGAGUCGACCCAGCCUGCUCAGGCCCUGCUCCCCAGCCAGGCUGGCAGCUGGAGCUCAGGGCAGGUGGAGGGUCUGCGGCUCCUCACAACUGCCCGCACGGCUCUUACCAUGGCCAGGCUGCGGCUUCGAGGCCCCGGCCGGAACCGGGUUGGGGGGGCGGUGACCUUCGAGGAGGUGGCUGUGUAUUUCACGGAGGAGGAGUGGGCUGUGCUGGACCCCAGUCAGAGAGCCCUCUACAGGGACGUCAUGCAGGAGAAUUACGAGAGCGUGACCUCGCUGGGAUUUCUCAUUCCCAAACCCGACGUGAUCUCCCGGCUGGAGCGAGGGGAAGAGCCGUGGGUCUCAGAUCCCCAGGGCUCCGAGGAAAGGGGGAGCUUGAGCGGUGCCUGCAUAGGAUUUCCGGUUUCCAAGCCUGAUAUGAUUUCCCCAUUGAAAGGGGAGGGCGAGCCAUGGGUCCCCAAUCUGCAUGGCUCUGAGGAGAAGGAGAGCCCGCAGGGCGCCUGUGCAGGUGAGGGUCCAGCCCAUGAAAAUGCUCAGCACCAGGGUCCCCCGCAAGUGGAGCUGUGCAGGACGCCGUCCGUGAAAUCCGAAGGGAACGCGUCCUGGAUGCCGACGCAGGGGGAGCCACACCUUAUGUCAUCAAUAAAAUGCGAAGGGAGUCGUGAGCAGGAGGACGUCUGUGCGAGCUGGGGCGGGUUGGAAGGGCAGGAGGGAGCCCAGCCCACUUCCCCCGGGGGAGGCAGCGUGGGCCACAAAUACAUCCAGGUCCUGCUGAGCCUCCAGCCGGAGCAGCAGCGGCCGUGCCCCGAGUGCGGGAAGAUCUUCGUUGACCACGCUCACCUCCUACGCCACCAGCGGCUGCACGCUCUGGAGAAACCCUUCCCCUGCCCCGACUGCUGGCGGGGCUUCCUGCGGCGCUGUGACUUGUCCGUCCACCGGCGCUCCCACACCGGGGAGAUCCCCUUCCCCUGCCCUGACUGUGGGGAGGGGUUCCUGCGCCGCUGCGACUUGGCCGCCCACCGCAAGAGCCACAUGGGGGAGUGGCCCCACCAGUGCCCCAAGUGCGGGCGGCGCUUCCGCAAGCGCUCCGUCCUGGUCAACCACCAGCGCACCCACCUGCAGGACGAUCGCUACAAGUGCCCCGAGUGCGGCCAGGGCUUCAAGUGGCCGGGCCAGCUGGAAAUGCACCGGUACAGCCACAUGGAGGAGAAACGGCACACCUGCUUCAAGUGCGGGGAAAGCUUCAGCCAGCGUUCCCACCUCCUGGCCCACCAGGGCAGCCACCUCGGAGACGCCCCUUACCACUGCGCCGACUGCGGGAAGGGUUUUGCCCAGCACCCAGACCUCAUCCUCCACCGGCGGAGUCACACCGGUGACCGGCCCUUCCACUGCCCCCAGUGCGGCAUCGGCUUCGGCCGCAGCUCGGACCUCAGGAACCACCAGAGCGUCCACGCAGGCCAGCAGCCCUACAAGUGCCCCCUGUGCGGGAAAGGCUUCCAGGAGAGGGCGCACCUGGCCGCCCAUCAGAAAAGCCACGGCGGGGAGGAUUUCUACCUCGGCCUUGCCGCAGUUUGGACGGGGUGA